CAACACUCCAACACAUUAUGAACAGAAGAAAAUCCAGACGACUCAGUUCCCUCGAAGGGUCUGACACCGAAGAGCGCUUGGCUUCGCGUUCGCGCUCACGUCGUACGACAGUAGAGGUUGUUGAACUUGACACAGAGCUCGGGAUCAACCCUGAGGAGUUGCCACAGGACGAUGAAGACGAUGACUACAGCGGGGCUAGCGAGACGGAAAAGGUUGAGGAAGAGGAGGAGGAACAUGUGUCCAUCACCGAUGACCUUACAAUCGAUGAUAAAGUGGACAAGAAAGAGACGGUGGUGGAGGUGGUGGAGCCGCCGCGGCGCAAGGGCCGUGGGAGACCACCAGGAGCGAAGAACCGUGCAACGAUCGAGCGCGAGAAACGUGGCAUUUUCAAGACGCCCAAGCGCCGCCUGGAGUCGCAGGAUGGGCGCCGCAAGCGGCGCACAACCGUCAAAAAGCCUGACGCACCAUUGGUGGACGAUGACGGUAACCCUCUUGAGGUACGUGACGAUGAGAUUGUGGUAACGCCAGACGUUGACGGUGAGACAAAGAUCGAUAUUAAUGGGAUUUUGAAAGGUGGCCGCGUAUUCCGUGAACGCACGUUCACGGUAUUUGGCAAGGGUGAGAAGCGCUAUAUGUUAUCAACAGAGCCUGCACGGUGCGUGGGCUUCCGUGACUCCUACUUGUUGUUCCACAAGCAUAAGCACUUGUACAAGUAUGUGUGUAGCCCCGAAGAGAAGGCGGACUUGAUCGAAAGAGACUUGUUGCCUCCUACGUACAAGGGGCGCUCGAUCUCGCUUGUGACAGCGCGUUCGAUCUACCGCGAGUUCGGUGCGCGCAUUAUCGUUAACGGGCGCCGCGUAACGGAUGACUAUUACGAACAGCGUGCACGCGAUCUGGGUGCGCGUGAGGGCGAAAUUGUCGACCCGCUCGGUGGACAGCCGGCACAAUACGUGCCGUGGAAUCCGAUCUCCACACUCGCGCAUCCGACUGCGAAGAAUGAUACGCAACACGUUGUGCUCACUGAUGAAAACUGGCGCUACCAGCACGCGUUGUCCGCACGCCUUUGUGAUGAGGAGCUUGCGCGCGUCCGCGCGAAUGUCUACGCACUGGGUGCUAAGGACUCGUACUCUGGUUUGCUUUUCUUCCCCGCGCACACCCAGCCGCUGCAUGCGGCAUUUGUGCGCGUGGAGGGUGGCAUCCCGGGGAAGGUUGUGGUUGACACUGUGGUUCAGCCGCCGCCAGGGAUUAAGUUUACUGGGUUGAAGGACGUUCCGUUGGACGUUUUUGAUGGCGUAGUGAGCGAAGAAGUGAAGGCUGCGAUUAUUGCCCAGCAGCAGGCGGAAGCGUGCUAGGAUCGAAGCGACAGCAGCCUUUUAGCUAUAUGUUUGUAGUUUUAGUACCAUAUUAUUUUAUUUUUUGAUUUUUGUUAAUGCUAGGUGUGACGUGAGUGCAGCUUUUUGACCGUAAUUUUAGUACAAUAAAUGGUACCUAG